CAUAGCAGGCACAGUUACAGUACUCAGAAAUAGUAACACUCGAAGACGACAUUGCCGCGUUUGCGUUUUGGUGUUUUGCUCGUUUCACACUUCACUCUGUUACGACGUCGUUUUCCAACAAACGACGGCACCGACACUCUUUCCUUCCAUUUCUCGCUUCUCCGUUGUGCAGCUGGAAAAAAAGCGGUGAUAUUUUCGCGAGGGAAAUUUCUUUGAGGCAGAAAGGUAUUUUCGAAGGAGGUGCUUGGAAUGUUUAUCCAAUUGAUCUCGGGUUAGAACUGAAGCCUGAAAGCUAUCCACCAGCAUGAGUAAUAAACUUAGUGAUGGGUUCAAACCAGAGAAGUCAUCUCUGUCGUAUGCUGAUCUUAAUAACGAGACUACCAAAAAUGAGGCGGACGGUUAUUUAAAACAACUACCAAAUCCACAAAAGCAAACAACCCGUAGAAGGGAAAAUGAUGAAGAUGAGCUUGUUAUGCACAUGUCAAGUUUACCAGGUUAUUUGGAGAGGGGAGAAAAAGUCCCUGAGAAAGUUUUGAAUGUUGGGGUCCUUGAUUGGGCCAGUCUAGAACAUUGGCAGUACAGUCAUAAACAUGUACCCCACAGGAGUAGUCAGAGCUCGACAUCUUCCAGUAAUACAUCGUCUUCUAUUCGCUCAGAGGAAUUAUCUGGUAAUUCUAAAAGGGGCCUGAAUUGGUCUCCUCAGCAAAGGAUAAUCCCUCCGUCAGUGCGAUCUCACUUUAUUGCUUCUACAAAGCAAGAUAGUUCUAUUGCUGUUAAGUCCUCUGCAGAAAAUAUUGGAAAUCGUCUGAAUCUUAGAGGUAGCCAUAGUUUUGACAUACAGAGAAAAAAUGUUCGGACUGUUGAUCAUCUUUCCCGAAACCAUUCUACUAGUAUACUGAAAGGAUGUGAUAGGUUGGAAAUGAGCACACGAGAUGAUCAAAUGGAAAAGAAAAAGGAGAAUUUACCUAGAGAACAAAAUGGUGAUAUUACUGCACAUGAUAUGCUUGGGAAAAGCAAACCAAUUGUUCUUAUUAUACCUAGAGACAUUCCUCAAAAAAACAAUCAUUGUGGAGCUUCUGAUAUGCGAACAACCUUCGAUCAGAAGUUAGGAAGCCAUAGUCGAAAAACAAAUUCAGUAAAUCCCAAGGAACCUUCCUGUACAUAUAUGAGUUGCGAUGUUUCAAAAUCACGUUCUUUGCUAGAUGAACUUAGUCAAAGUCGUUCUCAGCCUAAAGAGUCACGGUCCAGUUCCUUAGAUUCAGAAAAAUUCAAAAUUCCUGUUUCUACCUUUUCAGCACCUUUACCGGGCAGAAUGGGAAUGAGCCCAGGCAGAUCUAGAAAGGCUGAGGAAAGGAAACCCAGCAUUGCUGGAUCUUCAUCUGCAAAUGAGCCUCCUAGAGAAGCAGAACAGAAAGUAAUUACCGAUCAUAAAGUAACUCCUGAAAAACCAAGAAGCUCUUCCCCUUUUCGCCGAUUAAGCUUCAGCAUGGGAUUCACAAAUAAAGUUUCUGGUUGUAAGGAGGUUGCUCAUGUGCCACACCAGAGCUCCAUAGCGACGCAUAAAACUAGUUCAGAAAAUGUGAGAGGUAAUGCUAGCUCAAACAUUCCAGGUAGUGAUAAACCUAGAAGUUCCAGCAGAAGCAGGGCCAGCCCUUUGAGGAGAUUCCUUGAUCCACUAGUGAAACCAAAGGCAGCAAACUGCCAUCAUUCUGUGGAGCUAUCUCAAAAAGAUUCAGAAAAUGCAAGAGGCAGUGAUGGGUCAAACAUUUCUGGGAACAAAUCAAGUGCUGCAAGUAAAGGCAGGUCCAGCCCUUUAAGGAGAUUACUUGAUCCACUGCUGAAACCAAAGGCAGCAAACUGCCAUCACUCCAUGAAUUUAUUUCAAAAAGAGACAGUGUCAACAAAUAAGAACUGUAGGUCAGGGAAUGGGACAUGUUCCACUAUACUGCCAGCAAAAGAAUUGGACAAAGACGAGAGGUUUGGUUGUUCCACAGCUAACACUGUGGAAUCGUCGAGUGAAGAGGCGCAUAUGCCAUCAACAUCUCAAUCUAUACUGAGGAUUUCCAUGAAGAAUGGUCAGCCCCUUUUUACAUUUGCUGCUGGCAACAAUAGCAACAUUCUCGCUGCCACUGUGAAGAGAUCCACUGUCUUAAAAAAAGAUGAAUGCAACUGUAUCUAUACUUUUUUCACCUUUAAGGAGAUUAAAAAGAAGAAUGGUAGUCGGACGAAUCACAGCGAAAAAAGCAAAGGUCCCGAUUAUAUUCGCCAGGUCAUUGCCCAAAUGAAGCUUUCCGAUAUGCACUAUGAUGAUUCAAAUAGUCAGAGUCGUGUGGAGUCUACCACAAAAGAGUUUGUUUUGUUUUCUGUAAAGCUAAAGCAAGGAGAUGCUCAGGUGACUGACUAUCAGCCAAAUGACGAGCUUGCUGCGAUAGCUGUCAAAUCACCUAAAGCUGUCAAUUAUGCGCAUCAAAACAGUUCCCAGAAUGAAUGUCAAGAUCUAUUACAGCUGACAGUGGUGCUUCCAAGUGGGGUUCAUAGUCUUCCAAGUGAUGGUGGACCUUCAUCGCUGAUUGAGCGCUGGAAAACUGGUGGAUCCUGUGAUUGUGGUGGUUGGGAUUUGGCUUGUAAACUAAAAAUUCUUGCAAACAAUAAUCAAAUGUGCAGAAAAUCAAGAAGAUCGGAAGCUUAUUUUGCAGAUCAAUAUGAGCUUUUCUUCCAGGGAAAUGACCAAUGUCAAGAUAGCCGUCCUGUUUUCAGUUUUUCAAAUUUUGAAGCGGGAGCAUAUUCAGUAGCUUUUGGUUCAUCGCUUUCACCCUUGCAAGCGUUUUCAAUCUGCAUAGCAAUGUUGGAUGGCAAGCUCCCUUGUGAACUUUCUGGAUCAAGAAACUCCAUUGAGGGAACAAAUAGGAGGCAAUCACAAUUGAUUCAAACAGAUGAUUCAAAGGAUCAUAGUAAAUUUGAGGGCAUUCCUGCAAAUUAUGUUGCUUAUCCUCCAAUCUCUCCUGCUGGAAGGGUCUAAACUUUAUGGAGUAAAAUCAUUUCUUGCGUCUCCUUGUCAUUAAGUGCACAAAGCGGGUAACCAGCAAAUAAUUGUUUUUUGACAGUAGUAUGCUAUUCUUCAUAUCUGCUGCAUAGGUGAAAAGCCUUGCAAGUUCAUAACAAUCAUAGAACAUCAUUGUCUACUAACAACCAAUUGAAUUGUGAAUAGCAAUAAGUUGCAGUUUAUCUUUUGGUAUUUCAUAUUUGUCCCGUUGGCAUGGUUGACCAUUGAGAAAAUAAUGUAUUUAGAGCCUAUUCAUUGAGUGGAUAGGUAACCCCAUUCAAUAUGCCAGCUUGAGGUAAUGUGAUACAAGUGUACUAUUAAACCUCUUUUAAUAAUGGAUAAAAUAAAAAAUGGUUUGUUUUUUUAAAAGACCAUAACAAAUUAACAAUUUAUGUAACGAAGAUAUAUAGGUGAUAACUAGAAAGAACAAGAAGAUAAAAAGAGGUCUUGUAGUAAUCUACUGUGCAUUUUCAGCAAUGGGAGCUCGUUGCUCAAAAUUCUGUUUAUGCUGUUUGCCUUCCAAUAUAAAAUCUAAUUUUCAUGACUUUUUAGAUCAUGUUGAUCUUAUCUCUAAAUUCGAACUAAAUGGGCCAAUGAAAAAACAAUUUUUUACUAUUGAAAUUUUCAAACUCAAAGUUUUGUUUAAGGGAAUUUCUUAAUGAAUCUUAAAAAAAACACUUGACGAAAUUUAAAAAAUGUCAUUUAGAUUUCGAAAAUGCAUCUCUGAACACACUACUUA